AUGGCAAACACAGCUCUGCUGCUGCUGAUGUUAAUGAUCACCUCGUCGCUAAUGGCCUUGAUGAAAGCUGAGUGGGCGGAAUCGGUCGAGGCAAGAAAGGAGGCCACGCCUUCAGAGACCGUAACCAACCUCCAGUUUUACUUCCACGACACAGUCAGUGGAAAUAACCCUAGUGCCGUACGUGUUGCACAAGCUGUCGGCACCGACAAAUCCCCAACAAUCUUUGGGGCUCUGCUUAUGGCCGAUGACCCGCUUACGGAGACACCGGACCCAAAUUCCAAGCUUGUUGGACGAGCACAAGGGGUGUACGGGUCAUCCGGGCAGCAAGAACUUGCCCUUUUUAUGGCCAUGAGCUUUUCCUUUACGUUCACGGAUGGAACGUACAAUGGUAGCUCCAUUAGUGUUUUUGGUAAAAACCCAGCUCUGAACCCGGUACCAGAGCUGCCGGUUGUGGGAGGAACGGGAUCUCUCAUCUCCAACAGAUAUGCAAUUGCAUCUACUCAUUGGUUUGAUGUUAGUGGUGAUGAUAUCGUAAGGUAUAAUGUCAUUGUAAUUCACUAGAGCUACCGUAUGAUUAUCUGUAUAAAUGUAUAAUCAUGAAUA